UGCAGAAAAAGGAACCGUUUUGCUUUUCAAGUUCUCGGUCCCGGAACACACGAUCUUUUCCUUUCACGUAGAAUAUGAAGCACUCCGAGUCAGGCCUAGGUCAAAAGGUCAACAACGUAAAACCCCCGUUCUGAUGUAUUCCCGAGCACAAACACACCCCACACACACACACACACACUCGAAUGCAUACGAACCUGUUUAUAAAGUCGAGCACUUCGAAAGUUUUAACAUCGGAAAAGGUUCGACCGAAUUUCCAGAGUCAGUUCUUCACUACUUCGAAAGUUUGAACAUCGGCAAAGUUCAACAGAAUUUCCAGAGUCUAUCCUUCACUACUUCCAGACACCAUGGAUUUCUCGGCAGGUAAAAAUUUGUAUUUUAAUCAAUUAAUAGUUAAAUAUAAAUUGAGAUACAAUGUUUAUGUAAUUAUCCAGUAGGCAAUGAUAUUGAUAUAAACUUAGAACUAAUCAUUCUGAGUACAAAAAUCAUCAUACUUAUCUGGUCAUUAUGUAAUCUGGUACGAUACUUUAUCUAAAUUGUAAAUAUUCAUUACAUUUAUAUUACAGUGCAAGACCGAGUUAAGCUCAUCUGUUUCUAGUGUAUAGACAGCUUGGUGAUUAUUUCUGAUGAUGAGAUUCCCGAAACAACCACUCAGGACCUUUUGAAUCUGAGUUCCACACAAUUUGAGGGAAACGUGUCUAACAGUGAUUACGACGGAGAUAUUUCAGAUACGAGUGCUGCAAUAGAAGACCAAGAGGAAAUCAUCUCGGAAACCGACAUUCAACAAGACAUCGAACUACAACAGAUCUGCGCAGUGUGGCGUGAAUUCUUCGAAGCAAAGACUGAUUUAUUGGAAAACUUUGGACAGAUUGAUUAUACACUUGAAUCUGGUCGAGGUACAGAUUUUAUCCCUUUACUGUACAGCACGCUUGAAAAUGUGAAUAGAUGUCUCUCAGUGAGCAUAAAGUUGAUUGGAAAAUUGUAUGAUAGAUAUGGCGCAGAAACGACUGAAAUGCAGUUCGGAUAUGGAGACUAAAAAAAAGAGAACCGAAAAUUCUCCAUUAUCGCAUGAUUUCUUUUAUGACGGAAACCAGAGUUUUUCAAAUGAUUCGCACACACCCCUGAACCCAUAUUUAACUGAAGCGAUCAACAGGCUGAACGAAAGUUUAAUACCGUCACACCAAGUCGUUAGUGAGAGACCUAAUCAGAGUCCAAAUCACGUCGUAUCAACCACAACGGUAACGCCGAAUGAUAUAUUUUCUGAAUUAAAUCAAUGUCUGUUAGAGUUACAUAAUAACCUAAAUGAACACGGUCAUUCAGUACAAAUAAAAACUGAUCUAAUUGAUGCAGUCAAUCAGUUGAAUGAAAAUUUAAGAUCGUCAGAACAGAGCAAUACUCAAAAUGAAAACCCCAGACGAAUUUCCAGUCAAACUGUAUCAAGUACGCCGGUCACGUCGCACGACAUAUUUUUCGAAUUAAAUCAAUGUCUGUUAGAGUUACAAAAUAACCUAAUCGAACAAAGAGAAUCUUUGCAGAUAAAUCCAUGUUUAAUAGACGUGGUGAAUCAAAUCAAUGAAAAUAUGUCAUUACCUCCCGUUCAGAAUAUCGUCUCGACUCCAGAAAACGCUCAGGAACCUAGUCCGUUAUCUUCUCAUGAUAUGAUACACGAACUUAAUCAAAGUCUUAUGAGGAUAAAUGACGGUCUUGUUAACUUAAUCGAAAACCCUGACAAUAUUGCACAAAAUUCGGAAAACGAUAAUGAACGCAACCGACCAAUGGAAAACAUACAAUCACCUAAUACCCAAGAUUCUCAAAUGGAAAACACACAUUCGCCCGAUACCCAAGAUUCUCAGAUGGAAAAAUCGCCCGAUAUCCAAGUAGAGCAAGAGGGUGAUGGAUUAGAUCCUAAUAUUAGAAUAAUUAAUCGGGAAAGAUUCAACAACACUGAGAUUAGGAGAAGAGUGAAUUUUUCUUCUAUCGCGAACGUUGACAGCUUUGCAGAUUUUUAUAAUUAUGUUUUAGAGAUUUUAAACAGCGCGAUUGAAAUCGCUAACAAUUAAUUUCU